GUUUACAGUUGACAACAUUGCAUUGACUGAUCGGUGCGUGGAAAGCGCUAGAAAGAAAACCAACCCGUGGACACGCGCAGACAAGGGAAAAGACAUACACGCGUUAUAUUUACUGUAGAGGCCUGUCUUUGUUGUGAGUCGACUUUCUCAGGCUGAUUAUGCUAUAUCUAAAGCAUUUAGGAGCGAUCAGGACUAUUGUUUCGUUCAUUAAACAAGCCGGGAAAUUGGAAAACGGAAAUGGAGGUUUGUUCCAAAAAAGCCUGAUGCGCACGAGCGCAGCAGUAGCUCAGCAUCCACGUCAUCAGCACGUGAUCUUGGACACAGAGACAGAGAUGGACAGUAAAGGUGCAGGGACAAACCUGGAGGACCUCCUGUUUUACACGAUUACUCAAGGAGAGGAGAAAAUCUCAGUGGGACGUUUCAUCAGUGAACUGGAAAGCACAGGAUUAUUGACUUCUGACCCUCGACUAAGGGACUGCAUGCAGCAGCUCCAUCAUGCAGUGCAUGAGUCUGCUGGGACAGCAAUGAUGGACCAAGAACUCUUCAGGAAAUGUGCAAGCAGUCAUAUUGUCUUGCUCACCCAAGCCUUUCAGAAGAAGUUCAUCAUCCCAGAUUUCAUAACAUUUGCAUCCAAUAUAAACCAACUGUACUAUAAUGCACAAACAGAGCAAGGGGGGCAAGUAGCCAACUACAUUCCCCAACUUGCUAAAUUUAGCCCUGAUCUGUGGGGUGUGUCUUUGUGCACUGUUAAUGGUCAGAGGCAUUCUGUAGGAGACACAAGGGAACCAUUCUGUUUGCAGUCGUGCAUGAAGCCACUUGAGUAUGCUCUGGCAAUUAAUGAAUUUGGGACUGAGUAUGUGCAUACAUAUGUUGGAAAAGAGCCCAGCGGUGUCAAAUUUAACAAAUUAAGUUUAAAUGAUUAUGAAAAACCUCAUAACCCAAUGGUUAAUGCAGGGGCCAUUGUGAUCAGCUCACUUCUAAAGCCUGGGUUCAAGAAGGCAGAGAAAUUUGAUUAUAUGAUAGACUAUAUCAAGAGAAUGGCAGGUGGAGAGUAUGUAGGUUUCAGUAAUGCCACGUUUCAGUCCGAAAAGGAGACAGGUGAUAGAAACUUUGCAAUUGGUUAUUAUCUAAAAGAGAAAAAAUGUUUCCCUAACAGUUUAGACAUGGUAUCAGCUCUCGAUUUUUACUUUCAGCUGUGUUCCAUCGAGGUUACUUGCGAGUCAGGGAGUGUCAUGGCUGCCACUCUAGCUAACGGAGGAAUUUGUCCAAUCACAGGCGAGCGUGUGCUGAGUGCAGAGGCUGUGAGAAACACUCUCUGUCUCAUGCACUCCUGUGGCAUGAACGACUUCUCUGGCCAGUUUGCUUUCCAUGUGGGCUUGCCAGCUAAGUCAGGAGUGUCUGGUGCUGUGCUUUUGGUAGUUCCUAAUGUCAUGGGAGUGAUGUGCUGGUCUCCACCUAUUGAUCGUGUGGGUAACAGUGUACGAGGCGUGCACUUCUGUCAGGAGCUGGUUUCUCUUUUUAACUUCCAUAAUUAUGACAACCUGAGACAUUUUGCUAAGAAACUGGAUCCUCGUAGACAGUCUGGCCAUGAGAGGAACAAGGCUGUAAUUGAGCUGAUGUUUGCAGCAUACAGUGGAGAUGUGUCAGCACUGAGGAGGUUUGCUUUGUCAGCAGUGGAUAUGGAGUUGAGGGAUUAUGAUUCUCGGUCAGCUCUGCAUAUAGCUGCUGCUGAAGGUAACCUGGAAGCUGUUAAGUUCUUAACAGGAACAUGCAGAGUGAAUCCUCAUGUUAAGGACAGGUGGGGAAACACGCCACUGGAUGAUGCUAUGGAGUUUGGACAGGACAGGGUGGUUGAAGUGUUAAAGGAAUAUCAGUGUAUUUACUCCCACACCCUGAUGCCUGAGCAAAUCAGUACGCACACCCACGAUGACGCAGCACUGGAUGCAGAUGAUCUGGGGAAUUUGGAGGCUCUGGAGAGAUUUGUGUGAUAGAGGACAUCAGUUUAAUGAAAAUGCAUUCCUGAGAGGAAUACACUAAGAUGAUACAUUAGGAGUAUGCCAUUUCGAUGAAAGCUCAUAGAUCAGGUGUGCUGUUGAUACUGAUGUACUGUUUAGUCUCAGUACUCAGUUCUCAGAUUAGAUCAAACUAUGCAGAUGAACACAGCUAUUAAUUAAGGCAUUAGGCUACAUCUGUAUGGCUUUUGUGGAAUCCUUAGUAUUUUCCCCAUUUCUAGUAGUCAACAUGCCUGAAUAACAUCAUAAAAUGGUUAUAACAUGGCAUAGGUGUGAUGGGAGUAAAUAAUAGAGUGGCCCUGAAAUCUUUGGAACUGUAUCUCUGUAACUCUAUUUACCAAAAAUACUCAUGUUUUAAAGCAAAUGUCAAGAAAUUUGACUGCGACUGUAAAUAUUCAGCAUUCAACAUUAGCACUUAAUUUAAAGUAAAACAUCUGCCACAAAUCCAUACUCUUUACAGAUAUGGCAUUUAGAUUAAUGUGCUUUCAAAGCAUGCAGAGGUUGUACAUUUGUUUGUAAAUAUAUAUAAAGCAUAUUUUUGUGUAUAUUCAAUAAUACAGCAAGGUCCUCAUAUUUGAAAAAUACUUGCUCUUAUUUAUUACCUAAAGCACCGUAGGCAGGAUAUUAGGAACCACAAUGCAGAACUUGUCGUUUGACUCAUUUUGACUCCUUUAUUGAAUUGUUAAGAGCUCUGUAUUGUUUGGACCUGACUAUAAACAUACAGCGUCAUAAAAGUGAUUGAUUUUAUAUCACCUGAAUGCUUAGAAAAUAAAAAUCACAUUCUAAUUGACCAAACCAUUAAAGGCAAAGGUUUAUACUCUUUACAGUAAUUAUGUGACAUUUAGUUUCUAAUGUAAUACAUGUAUUUUACAG